GCACUGGACGUUGCAUACCACUACUCGGUUCUUCAUCGAGCUCAACGGAGAGCAGUUAGCGCACUUCCAUACAGGGGAGUACUGUGCAUAUUGGAAGGAGUUUCUCCCAGGACUCUGCUUCGCGCAACGUGCUGCCUCUACACGAUGCAAGGAUGCGAUCUAGGUUCAUCGCGAAUCUGAACCUUGUUGCACCCUACGCCCUUCCCACUGUUUAUUGCAUCGUCUGGUUGUCGACCUCCUGGACUCGGUCGAAUCCUACUAGCCCGCGCGAUGUCUGCUCAGCACAUCGAUCAAUCUGAACAAACAUUGGAACUACUGUUCCAGUAUAUGUAUAGGAAACGACCUGACAUUGGGUCCAUUUCCUUUGACAUGCUUCGCAGCGUCGCUGACGCUGCGGAUGUCUAUCAAAUGGACGCUUUCGGUGAGAGAUUUCGGGCACAUCCUAUGGAUCUUUCCGAUGUCGUCGACGAAGCUGCGCUACGAACAAUUGGCACCGAUGUUGAGACGGCGCUCCAAGCGCUUGGCCGGAGACAUUCAUCCCCUGGGUCAAUCCUUUAUCGGGAGAAGUGGAUUCACAUCAUGCGCGAUGCCAACGACCCUCCCGUCAUCAUGCAUAAGGGUGGUCUCCAAAGUUGCAACUUGUGGUACACGUAUUACAGGUCGGUCACCAACGACCUCCGCAAUUUCGGCCCAGGAGAGGUCCAGGAAGGCCGCAGCGUCUUCGGGAGGUAUCGCAGUUCCCUCAAGAACUGCACGCAUUGCAAGAUUAGAGCGGACAAUUGGGCGAGAGCCUUCGAAGCUGCCCCUGGGAGAAUGCCAACGUUCGGCUCUGUUGUCUCCGAGACGGUUCCCUGAUACGCCUAGUAGCACAUUCCUCCUUCUAUUAUGGGGCUCAUGCUGGUUGUCGCUUCUACCAAAACUCCACUGAUAGUCUAUGUUACAGACAUCUUGCGUAUCAGUAGUCUAUGUUACAUACGUCUUGCGUGUCUAUGUUACAGAUGUCUUGCGUAUACAGGUUGUUAUGUCGCAUCUAUGUAGUGAAUGAGCGGUCAGUGCUAUAGUACAGUAGUAGUGGUUUCGGAAUUACGCCUCCUUCAGCUUCGAUCGCUCCUCUAUCACGCGCCCAUUAUUCACGAACCUCGACAACACCUCGACCAUGGGCCGUCUACACUCCUUGGAGUUGAACUGAUUCGAAUGGUCCAG